UUUCUGUUUCUGUUUGUGUUUUUGUUUUGGAUUUCCAGCAUCCGCAGUUUUUUUGCUUUUAUUUUUGUUUUCAUUUCCCAAAAAGCUGGUUGUGUGUUUAUUUUAUUGUCUACAGUGUGCUGCUUGCUGCCUGUCGUGGGGAAUGGGUGAGUGGGGGAAGGGCCUGCUCACUGGAAUAUGAAGGCCGCCAUGUUAACUGCUGCCUGAGCCAACGUCACGGGAUAGGGAGCGAGCGAGGGAAAGGCCGCAAGCGGGACGGGCAGAGGCGCCGACUCAAUCCGCGUCCAUCCGCCGCCUCCGUGGGCUCGCAGAGCGCUGGGCACCGUCCGGCUGGCAUCAUGAGCGGGGGUACUCCUUACAUCGGCAGUAAAAUCAGCCUUAUUUCCAAGGCGGAGAUCCGGUACGAGGGGAUUUUGUACACCAUCGACACCGAGAACUCCACCGUCGCUUUAGCCAAAGUUCGUUCUUUUGGGACUGAGGAUAGGCCUACAGAUAGACCAAUACCACCGCGAGAUGAAGUGUUUGAGUACAUCAUAUUCCGGGGCAGUGAUAUCAAAGACCUCACAGUGUGUGAGCCGCCAAAGCCUCAGUGUUCUCUACCCCAGGAUCCUGCUAUUGUUCAGUCUUCACUUGGCUCGUCCUCGAGCUCUUCUUUCCAAUCGGUGGGUUCCUAUCCACCAUUCAGCAGAAUGCCAGCAUACAGCCAGUUUGGGCCAAGCCCGCUCGUGACACAACAGUACAAUGCCGUGGGUGUCGGAGGUCCCUCGUCAUCUUUCAACAGCAACAAAACCAGCUUCGCAUCACUUACACAGACCAGCUCACUGGGUUCGACCGUCAAACCCGAUAUGGGCUCACUGAAAUUGCAGUUAGCUUUUCAGGGCCGAUCAAGCCCAAAGCUGGACUCCAUGAGGAAAAGUCCGACAAUGGAACAGGCAGUGCAGACCAAUACUUCUCAGACCCUUGUAGGCAGGAGGAGUCCUGUCCCAGCCAGACCUCUGCCAUCAGUUCACCACCACAAACCAGCAGAUCCUCAUGAUGCAAGAAAAGUUUUUGAAUCACAGAAAGGCCUUCGGCCAGAGAAUGAUCACUUUAAGAAUGAAAAUCGGGAACCAAACAGGAGGCCAUCGGGGGGCCAGGCUGUCAGGCGAGGACGUGGUGGGAGCCGAGGAAGGGGAAGAUUUGCUGUAAGAAGAGACGGCCCAAUGAAAUUUGAGAAAGACUUUGACUUUGAGAGUGCGAAUGCACAGUUUAACAAAGAGGAGAUAGAUAGAGAGUUCCAGAAUAAGCUGAAAUUGAAAGAUGACAAGCAGCCUGAUAAAACAGAGAAGACUGUAAAUGGUGAAGAUAAAGGUGACUCAGGGAUUGAAACGCAAAACAGUGAAGGAAACGCAGAUGAGGAGGACACUUCAGGACCGAAAUGUUAUUACGACAAAACCAAAUCCUUUUUUGACAACAUUUCCUGUGAUAAUGAAACCAGCUACUUCUCUUCUAGGGAUCGGAGACCCACCUGGGCCGAGGAGAGGCGGAUAAAUGCAGAAACGUUUGGAAUACCACUACGUCCAAUGCGUGGCCGCGGGGGCUACAGAGGACGAGGAGGUUAUGGAUAUCGGGGCGGGCGGGGUCGUGGAGCGAGAGGGAACUAUGGGCCUCCCCGUGGUGGUUAUCGUGGAGGAUUCAGAGGAGGCCGUGGAGGAGGCAGAGAGUUCUCAGACUUCGAAUACAGGAAGGACAAUAAAGUUGCUGCAUAGUACACAAGCUGGAUUUCGCAGAAAAAGGACUUUAGAUCUACCCAGUCCAGAGAAUUUGUUUAGUUUCAAACUUAUUUUUUAACAGCAAAUGUGAAGAAAUUAAUUUGCUGUACAUCUGUCACCAGCACUGGUAUUUACGUGCUUGACGUCAAAGGGGGAACACGCAAUAUCUUGUUGUGCAGAAGGUCCGUCUUUACCAUGUUGAGCAUUAAAUAUUUGUCUUUGAAAUAGCAGAAGGAAAAUUUGUAAAUGUAUAGAUAUGACUAGUAUGUUGGAGCUUUCCAGUAUUUUUGCAUUGAUAACGAGAGUGAUUUCUUAUUACUGAAAAUGUUUGAUAAAAAUGCUGUCAGUUGCAAGAAAUACUGUAUGCAGCUGGCCAUCUACUGUGAUUGCAGUCUGACUCUGAUACUUUACAGGAAACUACAUUGAAAGCUAUUAAGAUUUAUUUUUUCCGAAUGACGAAAUUUAGCUUUAAUCUGCGUAGGACAAAAACAUAUGUAACGCGUGGCUGGAAUCUUUUUAAAAGAGAGAAACAUGGGAUCAGAACAUCUUUCAUGACUUAAGACCCCAGAGAUACCUCUCCCACCCUUCUGGGUUGGAGUUGAGUUACAAAACUUUCUGGUGUCUCCCAACUAUUCUUCAUUGUUUUUAUGAAGCUGAUAGAUUUUUCAUUUCGAACAAAAAAUAUUAAAUUUGUAGCUUUUUUAAAUUGUGGGUAAAUUUAGCUCAGAUAUACAAAGCAAAAAGGGAUCCAAAGAGGAACAAUUUUUGAAUUUAUAUAGCCAUGUGAAACCAAUUUUGAACUCCACUAUUGACAUGUAAUAUAUAGUGUAUAGUUAGUGCCCUGAUAAUGUCUUACCCAUAAGUUUGAGCUUGAUGAUACAAGAAAUGUAUUUUCUCUGUCACUGUCAUUAUUCAUCUUUCACCAAGCUCUUUGCUAUGCUCAUCAAAUAACAAUAAAAGUAACUAUACACUAAAUAUUAUUGAGCAGCUAACUGUCAGUCAGUGAGUUUGAGGAAGUAAUUCAGUCACUUGGGACUUUGCUGUUGUGUUUCAUGAUGCCCAAGCUGCUUGAUUUGAAUUACAUUUCUUGGUACUUGCUGCAGAUCCAAUCUGUUAUCUAUUUAUUUGAAUGAAUUACAGACUGAGGGGGUGGGUUGGGGGAUGGAUGGGAUGAACUGAUAUCCAUUUGGAAUCCCAGGUAAACACAGGAAAAUUAGCUCCAGGGUUACCUUGUGAUGAAACCACCCUCUCUCUCUCAGGCAAGGAUAAUGCUUUGGAAUAGUGUCUGAAGGAGCUGUGAUUUGCAGGAAGUGGGGAAGGAGGGAAUGUGGUUUCUGAUAGGCUGAGGUGGUUAGGAAUCCCCUUUCACUUUACAGGCCACUGACUCCCAUCAGAAAAAAAUUAGGCCCAAAUAUAACCCACCUAAGACUGCACCAUAACCGUUUUGCACAUGGUGGGACACAGCCAUGAUCAGCAGGUGUCAUCGACAUCUCAUCAGAGUUUUACACACACACACACACACACACACACUUGCAACAAGAAAACCCAAUGAAUUGCAUUCUGUGCCAGCUCUUUAAUGAGUGCAUUUUCCCAUUAUAACUAGCUUUUUUAAAAAAAAAUGAGUCCCAAUUACAAUUUUAAAAUUUGAUGCAAGCUAUUCAACCAGUGAACUCCACUGAGUGCUUGGGACGAUGUCAUGCAAAUCUAGACAGAGGUAGCAGGUUGGUGAUUAUGUAUAGCAGCUGUGGCAAUACCUUGUACAGUGGUUACUUGAAUUGUCCCUUGCUGCACUCCAGUUACUCUAAAUGCUACAUGUGCUGUGAGGGUAUAAUUUUUUUCCCUCCCCUUAGCUUUGCAUAUUAAUAUUCUGGUGUUUACUUGACCCAGAGAUUUACGCAUAGUGUAUUUUCUGUUUCCCUCGCUGACUCGACAUGAGGUUUUUAUUCAAUAAUGAGAAAUAAACCAUUGUUCAGAAAAUUCAGCUGCUUGAUGAUGUAUUUCAAAGGACUCCAUUUAUUUGUAGGCAACAUUAAACAAAGGCUUGGGCAGUUCAGUGGGGUUGAGGGAAUAUUUGAGGUACUUAAUUUCCUCUGCAGCUAGAGGGCAUGGUUCACCAACAGUUCCCUGAGGAUAAGGAAAGGAAAGUCAAAUUGUUUAGUUAUCGUCACUGUCUUGAGUCACUCAUGAAGAUUGCCACUGGGUGAGGUACUGGAAAGCUCCUGAUUGAUUACCCAUUGCACCAGUUACUGUCCAAUUGGGCAAGGGGUGUAACUUAAAACACCACAGCAUCUACAUGAGUAAUAGACCAUUGAGCUGUUUCUGAUCAACUGGAAGAAGGUUGUUCCGGUCAUGGAGAACUGUUAUUGUUUCUGCAGUGCUUCUGGGACACCUGAUGGGUUGAGUAAUAUUAUGGUCAAUUUGGAGACAUUUUUUCUUUCAUGAAGUCGGGGUGGGAGUUGGGUUACUUGGUUUUGGUGCUGGGGGUGGGAGGACAAAAGGACUUGGCCGCAAAUUGUAACACUCUCUUCUGAUUGUAUGAAUGUUCGCAAAAAAAGAGGAACUAGUAUAUCAAACUUUUGCAAGUGCAUACAACCUAGUGCAAGCCAAUCAGUGUUCACUGAUUUGGCAUGUAUUAGGAGACACUGGUGUCAAUCCAAUGUGAACACAUUUUGGGAGAAUUGGGUGGUCCAGUGAGUUUCGACAUUGUUCUUAUCACCUCCUGAUGUCUGGAUACAAAAUCAGAUCCCCAGACUGAUGGGAUGACAGUCUCUGCUAUUCGGAAAUAAUGUGAAUGAAAAUGAGUUUAGGAGAUCUCGUUCUUGGUGGUCAUGCUCCCACAGUGUAGGUUGCCACUAAAGCAAUAAUCUCAUGUGAAAUGCCUGGUGUGAAAAUGAAUAAAGAGGACACUGAUUUACAGGUGACCAACAUAGGACUUGGGAUAACAUAGAGGGAGCAUUUGCUUGGCAUUGGAUCCAUGCUACACAUGACUUUUAGGAGUGCUUGAAAUAUAAAAUUCAGUACAAAAACAGGUUGGAUUUUCACAGGGUUAAAACAAACUCCAGCUGAUGGUUUUACUGUAAUUGUAAUGUAACCUAAUCAUUCAUUUUUGAUUGAGUUUUUAACUUGGGUUCUGAUUUUCUUUCACUCGAUCUGUUCCCCCUGAGUUUCCGAAGCUUGAACUACCUGUAGUUAUGAUGUUUUUGAAUUUUAUUUUUGGCAGAGACACCCUUUGCUCCUAGCAUUUUAACUUUUGAUUUCCUUAGUUUUGUGAUUGUCUAUCGUUCAGCUUCUGGGCUGCAAACAAAAGGAAGUAGGUUUGCAACGUACUUAAUCUGGGAUCAGACUUGGCAUUAUCAGGGAUGGAUGUGGUGCAUUAUAUAUGUCUUCAAUUAGGUUGUGACACAUGUUAACAUAAAAAUUAUAUUUUGUGUUUUUUGUUGAGUUUUAAAAACUGGAAGCUUUUAACCAAAUGUCAAAACAGAACAAUCACAUUCCUGUACUCUUUUGAAGGUAUGGAUCUUGUGAGGAUUCAUUCCUGAGAACAAGAUUUAGAUUUUUGCCUUUUUUUAAGGGAUUUUUAAAUCACCGAAUUGGAUCAAUUUAUUCAGCUCUGGGUGCUGUCUACGACAGACUGUAUAGGCUUGAGAAAUUGAUUCCAAGAAGGCACCAAAAUUUCUGAAUUUUUGGAUAUUUCUUGACUUUUAGGAGCUACUAAGAAGCAUUUUAAUAUUCACAUAAUUGCUGUUUGGAAUCCUAUAGAGGUACAAUAUCCCUGCUCCUUUUCCUCUGAUGUAAUUACUUUGAGGUAUUUUUGUCUCAUGUCCAAAUCCAAUUUUAAGGAUAACUUCUUAAAGGCUUUUACAGUACAGGAAAUAUUAAUUAUUCAUACACUGGCUGGAAUCUGCAGGAUUGGCAACGUAGAUUUUUAGGUUUGGAUUGGAAGUUAGGUUAAAAAGUAUCGAAUUAUUUUUUGAAGAAACUUUUGUAAUACAAAUCUCGUUAAAGGUGAGUGCCUGUCAUUAUUGUUAAGUGUUGCACUUCAUUGUCAUUGACAAGUGGAUUCCAAUGGCAUAUGCUGCAACACUCUUGGCUCAAGGAAAACUGAACUUGAAGUCACUCACCUCCAUCCCUCUCUCCACCUUGAGUGGCAGACACACACAACAUGCUCUUGGUUAAAAUGUAUGAAUCCUGAAUCAAUUAACUUUUAAAAAGGGAACUGGAUAAUCACUGCUAACAGGAUUUAAGACUGCUCAGCGGGGAUAGGCUGAUACAUCAAAUGUCCCCUGGAAUAUAAUGGUUCCAGCCCUGUCAAGAUGGGGCAUAAUGGGCAGGGGGAGUUGCCUGUAAUGCAAAGUGGGGCCACGAUUGAACGCGGGAGGCCUGGCCUGUUUGAAAAUGCAGGGAGAGGGUCAUUGAGCUUGCCUUUUUUUAAUGGAGGUUUUUACAUCUGGUUUUAUUGCAUUUAAAUCUAGUUGUAUUGCACUAACUUUGAACAAAAUGGGAGCAUUGAGUUUGCAUUGAAAUAUUGAGCACUAUUCAGGUGAAGAACCUCCACUCAAAUGUGUGCUUUUUCCAAUGUUUGAUGUUGAUGGGUUAAAAUGCAGAAGUGCUGAAUCAGUGUCAAAAUUCCCUGCUUUGAAAUGUAUCCAUGGUGACUGUCACUGCAGCAAUGACAAAAUAGCAUUGAAUAUAUGAACGGAAAAUGUGAAGAUAGUUACACCCAUUAGUUGUCUAAUUUUUAUGGUGCUUUUUCCUGGAAUGGUUCCCCACAAGCCUUGCUUUUCUUGAGAUGGAAAAACAUGUUGAUCUUUUUCACAAUGGGUAUCUCAAUCCGAAUGCAACGGCCUCUUUUCAUAAUUGUUGACUUGCAGUUAGAAUCAAGUAAAUGAACCUAAGAAAGUUCACAUGGAAAGUUGAGUUGGGUGGAAAUUAGAAAACAGACCUACUUUAAUUUUUUUUGAAAAAGGGCUUCAAUUCAAGGCUCUGAAGAAAAGUCAGAUUGGACUCAAAACAUUAACUCUGUUUCUCUGUCUAAAGAUGCUGCCAGACCUGCUGAGUUUUUCCAGCGCUUUGUUUUCAUUGUCUAUUCAAGGUUGUUGGGGUUUUGAAAUGUUGAAUGAUGAGGCAUUUUAGUACUAUUGAUGGAAAGGAAUACUAUAUCAAUGGUCUGGAUUUUACAAUAUCUCCAUAAUAGUACGAUAAGCUUCCUUCCUGUUGACUGCUUUUGUUAUAAUUUGCCUAUAAGUUUUUUGGGAGGCAAGUGAGGAACGAGAACAUACGAGCACAUUCUCAUUUACUGGUCCAUCACUCUUUCAUGGCUGGUACUUAUGUUGGGUAUGGGAGUUCCACCGAAUGAGAUGACAAAUAUGUUUGAAGUUGAGAGUUUAUAAACUGUUAACCCAGUGGAUUUCAUGUCAUAAAAUGGGGCUUCUCACUACACCUGGAACUGUGCUGGAACAGGUAGUGGAUUUGUAUGCCAAGACCUACCACAUUGUGAUCGUACGUUGUGUGAUCGAAUGCUGUGCUUUCACUGGCCCUUGGGAGGAAGAGGCCAUUGGGGAAAUGGCAACUAGAUACUGGAAUAUUUUUGGGAGGCAGGAAGAGAAGAAAUAUUGAUACAUCUGGAGAUGUUUGAAAAUUUCGGGCAGGGAUUAGAGAGAAGGUGCCGAACCAAUUUUUUAAAAAAAAAAUUAUGUACAAGUUCAAAUCUAAGGCAUGAUCAAGUAGCAAUAAUAGACUUCAUGUACUGUUCUGUCACAGCAGAGGUCACAGUGCUGUGUUUUGGUAGCAAGGUUGCAGGUUCUUGUGUACUUUUGAAAUAUGUCCCAUCUUAUUCGCCCUGCCCUACCCCCUGAUAACCAGGUGUGGUAGAAAUAAAUUAAGACACUUGGACUUUUCAAUUUUUUUUUAGAAAUGGGAAUUAAUGAACUGAUUUUGACCUGAAAGCAUAACACAUUCUAAUGAGCUUUCUUGAUGAAUUGUACCUGUGUGUCUAUGUAUGUAUUUCAAACAUCUUAAUAAUAAAAAGGAAAUGCAUAAGAAGUAAAA